ACAAAAGCGUUAAACACUGUUUCUUCGACUGAUAUUUGCUUCCGUAAGUAGUCAUGAAACGCAAACUAUCCCACGUAAUCGAUAACUACCCUGAACCAGACGAUGCGGGCACAAUCAGAGUCACGGCAAGGAUCUUUGGCCAAGAUGCUAACUCGACGUUCACGACUGUGGCGUUUGCCGACGACUUCCUAGAUGAGGAGAACGACGAGUGUAUAAGCAAAGAAGACUUGAACUACUUCUUGAUGGAUGCCGAAAUCGAGCAAGAUGUUAUCUUUGAUGCGCUAGCAGACCUAGAUGACUAUGUUUAUGAGGUAACUUGCCCCACAAGUACUGAGUAUUCUCCUGGGUCUCUUUUGAAAGUUCGGUUGGAUCUUGUUCCUGAUUAUCUCGAAGUUGAUGACGAUGACGCUGACGCUGAGAUUGAAGAAGCUGCUCAAGUCUCGUUUGAUGAUACCAGCAAUAUCCGGUUUCGACCAGCUAGCAAGCUCGUGGUCAAGUCGCUACCUAGGAAAAUAUACAACAAGAAGACUGAAGAGGAAAAGAGAAAGAACAAGAAGAUGAUUUGCUUAGAAGAGUGCAGCAUUUGUUUGCAAGAGUUUACCAAUGGAGGAAAAGUUGUGACUUUAUCUUGUGGACAUGAGUUUGACGAUGAGUGUAUCGUAAAGUGGUUUGAGACUGGUCAUGUUUGUCCAUUGUGUCGUCUCGAGUUACCGUGUGAUGAUGAAAUAUAG